CUUCGUGGUGCUAAGAUGCCCCCCCCCCGCCCCCAGGUGAUGCCCCUGCGCUUCGGGAAGGACGUCGACGGGAAGUGCCACAGCCUCACGGCCUCAUACGUGCGGGCCCAGUACCAGCAGGACUCCAGCCUGCCCCACUGCCGCUUCUACGAGGAGUUCGACAUCCACGGGCGCCAGGUGCCGCUCCCUGCUGGCAUCUACAACCUGGACGACCUGAAGGCCCUGGGGCGGCGUCAGGGCUGGUGCCCCUACUUCCUCGCCCGCUACUCGAUCCUGCACGCCAAUGUGGUGGUUUACAGCUACCACUACCUGUUGGACCCCAAGAUUGCAGAGCUGGUGUCUAAGGAGCUAGCCCGGAAGGCUGUCGUGGUCUUCGACGAGGCCCACAACAUCGACAACGUCUGCAUCGACUCCAUGAGCGUCAACAUCACCCGCCGCACGCUCGACCGCUGCCAGGGCAACCUGGACACCUUACAGAAGACGGUGCUCAGGAUCAAGGAGACGGAUGAGCAGCGGCUGCGGGAGGAAUACCGUCGCCUGGUGGAGGGGCUGCGAGAGGCCAGUACGGCCCGGGAGACCGACGCCCACCUCGCCAACCCCGUGCUUCCCGACGAGGUGCUCCAGGAGGCCGUACCCGGCUCCAUCCGCACGGCCGAGCACUUCCUGGGCUUCCUGCGGCGGCUGCUGGAGUACGUCAAGUGGCGGCUGCGGGUGCAGCACGUGGUGCAGGAGAGCCCGCCUGCCUUCCUCAGCGGCCUGGCGCAGCGAGUGUGCAUCCAGCGCAAGCCCCUCAGGUGUGGCCCCACACAGCCGUGGGGGGGGGUCGGGUCCCCAUGGGGGCGUGGGGCAGACCCUGGGCCCUCCCUGAACCUCGGCUUCCGUGCCUGGGGCCGCCACGUUGCCAGUGUCAGGAGUCCGUGCUCCGGGCAGGAGGAUCGAGUGUGACAGCAUGUCCUGGGA